UUUUAACUUCUACAACAUAAUUGUCUUCCAGGUGUUCUCAAACGGAAACCUAAUCUCAGUUCUGUGUGGUAAACGGGGAUUCAAGGAGCUCCAGUCCUCUGUUAACCCCUCGCUGCUCUCCACCCCGGGGGGCUGCCUCUCUCUCACUUUCCACUCCGACUUCUCCAACUCCAAGAGACACACCGGCUUCAAAGGGUUUUAUACCCUUCAAGACUUUGACGAAUGUGUGAACGACGAAGACAGCGGAUGCACUCAGUUCUGUCACAACUACAUCGGAGGAUACCACUGCUCCUGUCGCCACGGUUACCACCUGGACGUGGACAAACGCACUUGCACAGUGGCUUGCGCAGAGGAUCUGUCGGGGCUGAAGAAAGGGGAAAUCUCCAGCCCCUCGUGGCCGGCUUCAUACGCAGAGAAUGCACACUGUCAGUACUCUCUGUCUGUGGAGCCCACCCUGCAGCUGGAGCUGCUCUUCAGCCAAGUGUUCGAUGUGGAGCAGAGCCCUGAUGGGCAGUGCAUUGACACACUGAGGAUUGAGACUCACUCUGAGACUCUGGGGUCGUUCUGCGGGAACACGCCUCCCCCCUCUCCCUUUCUCACUCACUCUCAUCGUGUUCAAAUCCGCUUCAUCUCUGAUGGCUACGGCACUAACAAAGGCUUCAGUCUGGCCUUCAGGACCAGAGAUAAGGUGUGUCCGGCGGUGGUGACCUCUGACUCCACUGUGACGCCUCAGCAGGCAGAGUAUCGUCGGGGGGAAACAGUGACAGCAACUUGUGAUCUAGGCUACGUCGCAAAUACUCAAGGCACCCAGGCCCUGAUAACACAGUAUGAGACGACAUGCCAGGACAUAGGCGAAUGGACUCCCAAUUACAAAUGUGAACCUGUUGAUUGCGGUUAUCCUGAUAUCCCAGAAGAUGGCAUCCUUCAGCUGGUGGAGUCAGAUAACACCCAGACAAAGUACAAAGACCAGAUCCAGUUUCACUGCAGCUCAAAGUACUACACACUGGAAGGAGAUGACACGUACACCUGCAGCGCCAGUGGUGAUUGGUCAUCAGGGAGUGGCAACACAGAGAUGCCAAAAUGCAUUGAAGUGUGCGGGAAGCUUGACAGACACCUAGCAAGUGCCGGCAGAAUUGUUGGAGGUAAGGAUGCAACCCUGGGAGAGAUACCUUGGCAGCUUCUGAUUAUCGGUCGGGGCAGAGGAGGAGCGACUCUGAUCAGUGACCGAUGGGCUGUCACAGCAGCUCAUGUGGUGGAAGGUAAGAAGGUAGAAGCUACCCGUGUGUACGGUGGACUGGUAGACGGAGGAACAAGAGAAAUAUUGCCUAAAGGAGUUCUGUUGGACAUUGAGAGGAUCAUCAUUCAUCCCAACUACGCCCAAGGCAUGGCGGACCGCAACAAUUUCGACAAUGAUAUUGCUCUUAUCAGAUUCUCUUCCAGGGUGAAUUUGAGCCCAAACCUCCUUCCCGUCUGUCUGCCGCAGUCGAACAGGGGCUUUAGUGACGGUGAACAUGGCACGGUGUCAGGCUGGGGGGGGACGGAGACUGCAGGGAUUUCUGAAACCCUGAAAUACGCUCAUAUUAAUGUCUACUCCUCUACAGUGUGUCAAAAUACACCGGGAACUCCCAAAUCCACGGUUCAUGGGAUAACUCCCGAACCCAUGAUGUUCACCCGUAACAUGUUCUGUGCUGGAUCUGCUACAGCGGACAGCUGCAGGAGGGACAGCGGGGGUCCGCUGGUGAUGCCCAUGGUGCUUGAAGGCAAUGAGCCCUACUAUCUGACCGGCAUUGUGUCCUGGGGAGCCAUCUGUCGUCAGAAGCAGUUCAAGGGUUAUUAUGUCAAGGUGGAGAAUUAUGUAGCCUGGAUCAAGGAGACAAUGGAUUCAGUCGAGCAAUCCUAGAAGGAGACUACUUUUUUACUAACCUUUAUAUCGUUAUAAUCCAAGUCUGAUUCAGAUCUUAGAAUAGACUAUACUAUUGUAAUGGCGUAUCAACAUUAAUAACAUUAAGCACGACCUUCUUACUACACUUUUGUAUUAAACACAUCUGCAAAUAUACUGCAGAGAGUGUGGGCUUUAACCAACUUCAUAACACGAUGUAUCUUUGUCUUUUAAUCAGCUUAUACACUCUGUCUGUAACUUGACAUCCAUUCCCUGGAACGCUUCAUUAUUUCAUGAUUGAACUGUAAAUCAAAAUGUUUUUGAGCGCUGUGUGUUUCCCUGAUACUGAAGUGCUCUCACAUGACAAACAAUAAAACUUCAUAACUCAUGUU